AGGUUGCGAUCCGGAUCCGGAGCCAGGCCUAGCUUUUACGCGGGCCACUACCUGCUUUGGCUGCGGCGAAAGCGACAACCGAGCGUGCCGGGCUCUCGCUGCUCCGGCCUUGGAGCUCCUGGGCGGGCAGUACCAGUAGGCCCUGCUUAGCCCUUCCCCGAGGAGACCUGUAGAAGAAUACAUGUUCACUUUUAGUGAACAAGAGCAUGUUCCCAAACUCAAUUUUGGGUCGCCCGCCUUUCACCCCAAACCAUCAACAACAUAAUAAUUUCUUCGCCCUGUCACCAACUCUUUAUUCACACCAGCAGCUUAUAGAUGCACAGUUCAACUUUCAGAAUACAGAUUUGUCAAGAGCGGUGUCAUUACAGCAGUUGACAUAUGGAAAUGUCAGUCCAAUACAGACCUCAACUUCUCCGUUAUUUAGAGGAAGGAAGAGAUUAAGCGAUGAAAAAAACCUUCCUCUUGACGGUAAACGGCAGCGUUUCCAUUCACCCCACCAAGAGCCAACUCUAGUUAACCACAUAGUGCCUUUAUCAGGUGAAAGAAGAUACUCAAUGCCGCCAUUGUUUCAUACACACUAUGUACCAGAUAUAGUCAGAUGUGUUCCACCUUUUCGAGAAAUACCAUUGUUAGAACCUAGAGAAAUCACACUGCCUGAGGCCAAAGAUAAGUUGAGUCAGCAGAUACUGGAGUUAUUUGAAGCAUGUCAGCAGCAAGUAAGUGAUUUAAAGAAGAAAGAACUGUGUCGAACACAGCUGCAGAGAGAAAUUCAGCUCUUAUUUCCACAAAGCAGACUUUUUUUGGUUGGGUCCUCUUUAAAUGGAUUUGGUACUCGGAGCAGUGAUGGUGAUUUAUGCCUAGUUGUUAAAGAGGAACCAGUCAAUCAGAAGACUGAAGCACGGCAUAUACUCACCUUAGUCCAUAAACACUUCUGUACCAGACUUUCUGGCUACAUAGAGAGACCUCAGUUGAUUCGAGCAAAAGUGCCAAUUGUGAAGUUCAGGGAUAAAGUCAGUUGUGUGGAAUUCGACUUGAAUGUAAACAAUAUUGUUGGAAUAAGAAACACAUUCCUCCUCAGAACUUACGCAUACCUUGAAAAUCGAGUUCGUCCGUUAGUACUGGUGAUUAAGAAGUGGGCAAGUCACCAUGAGAUAAAUGAUGCCAGUCGUGGUACUUUAAGCAGCUAUAGUCUUGUAUUGAUGGUUUUGCACUAUUUACAAACCCUACCUGAACCCAUCCUUCCAUCCAUCCAAAAAAUUUACCCAGAAUCUUUUAGUCCUGCUAUACAGCUGCAUCUUGUACAUCAAGCUCCAUGUAAUGUUCCUCCUUACCUCUCGAAGAAUGAAUCAAAUCUUGGGGACCUCUUACUGGGCUUUCUUAAAUAUUAUGCUACAGAAUUUGACUGGAACAGUCAAAUGAUUUCAGUUCGUGAAGCCAAAGCCAUUCCCAGGCCUGAUGGUAUUGAAUGGAGGAAUAAAUACAUCUGUGUCGAAGAACCUUUUGAUGGAACAAAUACGGCCAGAGCUGUGCAUGAAAAGCAGAAAUUUGACAUGAUCAAGGAUCAAUUUUUAAAGUCAUGGCACAGAUUGAAAAACAAAAGAGAUUUGAACAGUAUACUACCUUUAAGAGCUGCUAUCCUGAAAAGAUAA